AUGCCGCCGCCCCCUUGGCCUUCCGCCUCCACCAUGGCCACCCGCCUCGCGACCCACUGGAUAGCCGACGCCCUCGCCGGCGACGAGUCCAUCGAGUUCUCCGUGCUCCAGGCGCUGCUGCGGGCCUCGUCGGAGCCCCUCGCGGGCGCCCCGGAGGCCACGCGUGAGCGGGUCGCGCUCCGGUCCCUGCAGGAGCUGUCGUCCCUGAUACCCGCUGGGGGUGAUGCCGCCGCGACGGCGGGGCUGCUUAGGGUUGAUGGCGCCCGGUCAUGCGAGGACGUGCUGGUUCGGCUUGCCACAGAGGUUGAAAUUUCCGGAAAAUUGGAGAAGGAUUUGCUUCCACCUUUCAGUCAAGACAUCCAGGAAACUAUACGUACCAAGAAACAUACAUUACCAGAAACUUCUUUCCAGUUGCUAAAAGGAGUUGACCCAUGGAUCACAUCUAUGACCCCACCAUCCCAAUUGGAGCACAAUGGCACUGGACAAUGCGACAAUGAUCAGACCCUGCGCAGCAGCCACAAAUGUGUAAAUCAAGAGAGGCCUGUGUUCCCUACAGACAAUGCUGAGGUUCAGCAAGACACUAUGGCAAAUUUAGUCAAUGAAAGUGAAACAGGAAGUCUCCAAAAAUCUCCAAAUCUACCUCACUGUGCCGAUGGAGAGGGGGCAGAUGAUGGUGGGUCCAGCAAUCAGUCAUCUAAGGUUUCCAGUCAUGAAGGACUGAGCGCUCAUGCCACAGUAACUCCAGAUUUUGACAGAAUCAGCGAUGUCUUACCAACAGAUGCAUCUGAACCUGGGCAUUUGCCUGAGUGCAUAACCGCACAGGAUACAACCAUGAUUCAACAGCCUGACAGCAGGAAAGCUCAUCUGAGUGCUCUGCAACAUGAAAGGGGUGAGAAAGUAAACCAAGAUCUGGAAGAUGUCUCUGCAAGUAUUCGGCCAGUGGAAAAGGACCACGUCCGUGGGGAUCUGACUUUGCAAUCUGCUAGUGCUUUACUUUCUAUAAGCUGCAAUGGUGCUAAUCAAGGAAGUAAAUCUGAAACCAAUCUUCAACCAGGGACUGCUACAGAGGAUAAGAUGGCAUUUGAAGAGCAGAGUGCAGACAAGUCUCACUUAGAAGUCAGUGGUGCCAACAAGGCUAAUCAAGCUCUACAUGAUGAUGGCAGCAUCAUGAAAAUAAUACGGCCCAUGAAAAAUGAAAAGAAUGGAACUGAUGUUCAAAAAGAUAAUUGCUGUACUUCUAUUCCAAGCUCUUCUAAGGACAGAGAUAGAGAAAGUGCAAAGAAGACAUCAAAUGAGGAAAAGUCUGAGGACACUUUUCCGGAAAUAAGUGUCCGUUCCAAGGAUCAAGACAUCGAUGAUAGUCUUGAGGGCUUGUCUCAACAAGAUUUGUGCAUAAAAUGCGGUGAAGAUGGUCAGUUGCUGAAAUGCAGUGACUGUUCUUUAGGCGCUCAUGAUAGUUGUUUUGGUUCAUCGGUGACAUUUGAAGAGACCAACCUAUUCUACUGCCCGGUAUGCUUCCAUAAGAGAGCCAGGGAAACAUAUGAAAAGGCGAAGACAUCAUAUUGCGAAGCUAAGAAGAACCUUGCUGCUUACCUUGGCAGAACACAAGUCAGCAAGGAACAUGAUGAGCAACUAAAUGGAGUCCAGCCAGGUGCUGCCAAAAGAGAUGGCCAUUCGAAUGGGUCUGACAUGUUAAAAAGGAAUAGCAUCCAUCAAAAUGAAGCAUAUGACCUUGCUCAUCGGGAUGAAGAGCCUCAUCAGCUGAGGAAGAAGCAGAAAAUAAAUCCUAGAGGUAAUGGUUAUCCUAAGGAGGUACUCACUGAGAAGGAUCCUUUUCAGAACUCUGGUCCUGCAUCCAUGAAUAAACAUUCAGUGCUCCAGAAUAACAGCAAAAAACAAAUUAAGGAUCUAGAGAAAAAGCAGCAAGCGGGAGACAAAGAAGCUCGCAAAGAAGCUGGUAAUGACAACUCAUCUCAUGAAACAAUAGCUUCUAAGAGAGGAUGUGAUCCUCCUUUGAAUCAGAACGAUGAGGCUGACCAGGAGGAUAGUCUUACAGUUUCUAACCAAUCUGGUGGCAAGCGAUCAUCACCACCCCCUUGGCGUAAUAUGAGACACAGCAAAAAAAGAUUGCAAGAAAAGGAGUCAGCUGUAUCAAGUAAAUCUAGAAAAGGUAUUGCAAAGCAGGAUCAACAAAUGCCUACUUCACCAAGAAAAAGAAAUUAUGUACGCCCGCAAAAGCGCUAUUCCAAUCCUGUUGCACCAACUGGAAGACGCGGAAGAAAGGCUUGGACAGAAGCAGAAGAAGCUAUUUUGAGGGAAGCGAUGGAAAAAUUCGCUCCACAGGAUGAUGCGCCAAUUCCAUGGAUUUGGAUACGAGAAUAUGGCCAUCAUGUGUUUCACAAGACACGCCUGCCAGAAGAUUUGAGGGUCAAGUGGAGGAACCUGAUGAAGAAGGAUGCUGGCAAUCUUGCAGAUAUGUAG